UGAUCCCAACUUCCGGUGAAAGAAGAGAAGUGUCUCACACGAUUACUCCGACAAGGCCUAGCGCUACUCACCCGUAGGUAGUUGGACGGGUUUUUUGUGGAAAUAGCGAUGGCCCUGUGAUUGCCAGCAAGCCACCCAGUUAACUUUUUUUUUGAAGAAACUAGAAAACGUUACAGUGGGCGCUGUUCGCCUCAGCCCUACAGCUUUAAGCGUUACCCGCGACCUACUGCUAGUUGGCUAGCUUAAGACGCAGCUACCUAUUCGCCAACCAAGCACCUCUAAAUUAGAUCCCGGUGUCUGUUUCAAGAUGUCAACUGCGGGAUUCAACGCUCAGAAUGGGACUGGGAAGGGACAGGCAUACGCAAACGGUCCAUCACAGAAUCCAGGGGUCAACUACAACAUGACUCACCAACCGACCUACAAUCAAAUGCAGGCCAAAGCUCCUGCACCCCCCGGCCCUGGACUGUACCCUUCUGGGCCAUACCAGCCUGUUCCCCCAGUUAGCUCCUAUCAACCCGGCCCACCACUCACUUCCUACCCAUCAGCCCCAGGGCAGUCACCAUUGUCUAGGCCUCCAAUGGCAGGCCUGGCAUCUCAUACCCCUCCUCAAUCUGCCAGCCCCAGCCCCGGUCCUAGGCUGCCUCCCGCACAGGCUACGCCUCCUCCUCCUCCGGCUGUGUCCUCAAGUAGCUACUAUCCAAGUCCUCAGCAGCCAAUGGCUCCAGCGUGGCAGUACAACACAGCCCCCCCACCACCGAUGGGCCCGUCAGCCUCCAUGGUCACGCCUCCCCGCGGCCCCCCGGUAAAUCACGUGAAUCCAGCUGCAAGCGCAGCGGCGGUACCGGUGCCACCACCACCACCAUCUUCAGCAGCUUACAGCACUGCACCUCCACCCCACAUGUCCCAAAGCGCCACCCAACCUCCAGGCCCGGUGUUGCCCCCCACCUCCCUACAUGGAUACACUCAGCCAGGUGCUGCACCUCCUCCGAUGAAUCCCGUGGCUCCCCACACAUACCAACCAAGCAGACCUGGCUAUGGGCCUCCGCCUACAGGUCCUCCACCUUCAGGCCCGCCACCAACCAUGAAACCCACACCGCCUCCCACCGGACCCCCAAUGGCCAACGCCACACCUCCACCCCCCAGAGCAGACGCUCAGUGUGGGGGUGCUGUUAGCAGCGCUCUUUCCCCAGCUGAGUCCGACUGCCAGGAGGGGGAUAUUGAAUGUCCAGGAGCUGUGGCUGGCAAUGGCCCACAAGCGACAAACAACUAUAAUCAUGUUGACAACAACAUGGGCGGCCUGACUCAACCUGGACCACCUGGUCGACAUUUGGGCCACUACCCAUCCCUCCCCCCCGGGUACCAGAACACCUCGGCUCCCCACGCUCCCUCCCCCAUGCACCCUGCGAUGCAAGCCGCCACGCAGCCUUACACUCAAGCACCUCAGCCGUACCAGCAGCCGCCUGGUGGCCCUGGCAUGGCCCAGCUGAGCCCGUCGCUGGCAGCCAUGAGCCUCCAGUCCAGCACCCCAGAGUCCCUGAGAGUGGUCAACCUGCUCCAGGAGAGAAACCUGCUGCCCCCGAGCCCCGUGCCCGCCCCGACGCCCUGCCUCCCCCAGGACCUGCAGAAAGUCAACUGCCACCCAGAGGUUUUCCGUUCGACAUUGACCAGCAUCCCUCAGACCCAGUCUCUGCUCAAUAAAGCCAAGAUGCCUCUGGGCCUGCUGCUCCACCCGUUCAAAGACCUCUCGCAGCUUCCCGUGGUGACAUCCAGCACCAUCGUCAGGUGUCGAUCCUGCAGAACCUACAUUAACCCCUUCGUGUCUUUCCUGGACCAGAGGAGGUGGAAGUGCAACCUAUGCUAUCGGGUCAAUGACGUUCCAGAGGAGUUUAUGUACAACCCAGUCAGCAGAUCAUACGGAGAACCACACAAAAGACCCGAGGUCCAGAAUGCCACCAUCGAGUUCAUUGCUCCUUCAGAAUACAUGCUGAGGCCACCACAGCCUGCAGUUUACCUCUUUGUUCUGGACGUAUCCCACAAUGCAGUGGAAACGGGCUACCUGAAUGUGUUCUGUCAGUCACUGCUGGACAACAUCAAUGCGCUUCCUGGAGACUCUCGGACAAAAGUAGGCUUCAUCACCUUCGACAGCACCAUCCACUUCUACAACCUCCAGGAGGGACUUUCUCAGCCUCAGAUGCUCAUCGUGUCUGACAUCGAAGAUAUAUUUUUACCAACACCAGACAGCCUUCUAGUAAACCUCAAUGAAUGCAAAGAGCUCGUGCAGGAUCUGCUCAAGAGCCUCCCGACUUUAUUCGAGAAGACGAUGGAGACCCAGUCCGCCCUGGGUUCAGCUCUGCAAGCGGCCUUCAAGCUGCUGUCGCCCACCGGGGGGCGCAUGUCCGUCUUUCAGACCCAGCUGCCUAACCUCGGCGUGGGGGCGCUUCAGUCCAGAGAAGACCCCAACCAGCGGGCGUCUGCCAAGGACAUCCAGCACUUAUCCCCAGCGACCGACUUCUACAAGAAGCUGGCUCUGGACUGCUCCGGCCAGCAGGUGGCCGUCGACCUGUUCCUGCUCAGCGCCCAGUACUGUGACUUGGCUUCGCUGGGCUGCAUAUCCAGAUACUCAGCAGGGAGCGUUUACUACUACCCCUCCUACCACCACCAGCACAACCCGGCUCAGGUGGAGCGCUUCCAGAAGGAUCUGAAGAGAUACUUAACUCGGAAGAUUGGCUUUGAGGCCGUCAUGAGGAUACGCUGCACCAAAGGUCUGUCCAUCCACACGUUCCACGGAAACUUCUUUGUGCGCUCCACGGAUCUGCUGUCCCUCCCCAACGUCAACCCGGACGCCGGCUUCGCGGUUCAGAUGUCCAUCGAGGAAAACCUGGACGACAUGCAGGUCGUCUCUUUCCAGGCGGCGCUGCUUUACACCUCCAGCAAAGGAGAGCGGAGGAUCCGUGUGCACACUUUGUGUCUACCUGUGGUCAACUCUCUGUCGGACGUCUUUGCCGGGGCUGAUGUUCAAGCUAUCACUGGACUGCUGGCCUGCAUGGCUGUGGACCGUUCGGUGACGGCCAGUCUGAGCGACGCCAGGGACGCGAUGACCAACGCCGCCAUCGACUCGCUGACGUCUUACCGCCAGUCUGUUCUGACCAUCCAGCAGCCCGGCCUGCUGGCCCCGGCCUGCCUCAGACUCUUCCCGCUCUACACCCUCGCCCUGCUCAAACAGAAAGCUUUCCGGACAGGCACCAGCACCAGGCUGGAUGACCGGGUGUUUGCCAUGUGUCAGCUGAAGUACCAGCCGCUCUCCUACGCCAUGCUGAUGAUCCAUCCUGCUCUGUACCGUCUCGACGAUCUGACCGACGAGGGCGCUUUGAACAUCAGUGAGCGAACUAUCCCUCAGCCCAAAGUGCUGCAGCUGUCGGUGGAGAAGCUCAGCAGGGAGGGAGCUUUCCUCAUGGACGCUGGGAUCGUGAUGUAUCUGUGGAUCGGACGGAACUGCCACCCCAACUUCCUCACACAAGUCCUGGGAGUUCCAAGCUACGCUGCCGUGCCUGAAAACCUGUAUCUGCUCCCGGAACUGGACACGGCAGAGUCGCAGAGGACCAGAGCGUUCGUCGGCUGGCUGAGGGAUCAGAGGCCCUUCUUCCCCUCUCUGCAUGUCAUCAGGGACGAGAGCCAGCUGAAAGCCAGCUUCAUGCAGAACAUGAUCGAGGACCGAACAGAGUCGGCCCUGUCCUACUACGAGUUCCUUCUCCACGUCCAGCAGCAGAUCUCUAAAUAAUCUUCAGACGGCGGAGCAGCGAAGCGAGGACGCGCAUCGGUGUAUGUGUGUGCGUAUAUAUGUAUAUGACGUGUGUGUGUGUGUGUGUGUGUGUGUGUGUGUAUGAGUAUAUGAGUAUAUGACAGAGAGAGAGAGAUAAAAAGCAAGGACGCCUCUCGCUCCAUCUCCAGCUGUGCGCCACCAUAUCUCCGAGGAAAAAACCUGAGCUGAACUGACGUGAGGCAUCGGCCAAAUCAAAUUAUGUGACGGACAGAGCGAAGAUGUUAUUUGGCACUUUUUACCCGGCUGAAGCCACGCGCUGGAAGGAACAACUAAACUGAAAAAAAAAAAUAAAUAAAUAAAAUAAAUAAUAAAAAAAAAGAAAGGCAAGAAAUCCACGAUGAUUAUGUCAAUAAUUGAACAAAUCAGUGUUUAUUCUAAUAGAACAAUGCUGUCUAAGAGAGGGUAUCGUUCAGAUACGCAACAGGCAAAUACGUGUGUGUGAAGUGUUUUUCGUUCACGAAGCACAGUCGUCUUUACUAAUACGAGUCUGUAGGUUUGUGAGAAAGGGUCGGCGCUCGCAGGCUGUUCGUUCAUGGGUGUCACUUGGAGUAUUUGUACACACCUGAGCUCUAACAGCAACUCUAAUAAUAUAACAUACUGAAGGACAGAGCGUGUGCUUUUUUUUUUUUUUUUUUUUUUUUUUUUUUUUAUUGGACAGUCAUUAUAAGUGUGUGUUGAACAAACCUGUAGAUUGUGUUGAAUUUGAACGGCGCGUGGAGGCGGGUUUGCCGCCCGCGCCGUCUUGAAUGUGUGGAUUUGGCAGCGGAAAAGUCGUUUCUUUGGUCGGAUCUGUCCUCGUGUCAUCUUUUCUCUGUCUGGACACACCUCUAUUCAUUUCAUUCUUCUUUUUUUUUUCUCUCCUCGUGAUUAAUUUAUGAGACUCCCAAUCUGAUUAAAUUCUAUAAUUGCCUUGUAUGGGAACUCACUUUUAUUAUUAAACCUCUGUUUAAAUACAGACUCUAUAUAUAUGAAAUAUUUUAAUAUAAUAGGAUAUGGGAAAUUCUUUAACACAGACCAUAACGAAGCCAUUGUGAUCUUUUAAUCUUGCUUAUUGAUACUUGUAUAUUGAACAGACUGCAUUAUAUAAAGGUUAAGACGUGCUGAUGAUUUUAGUAGAAACAUUUAAGGUGAAAUGACGCUAAGAAAGAAAAUAAAAAUGUUGGGACUUUUUAAACGUAGUUUGUGCGUUGGUGGGUGAACAGUGUUUAUUGUGUGGAAAGCGAAGACUUCGACGCAACAUGGACCAACACAGUCACGAUUUCUCUCGAGUGAGUUUGAAUCAAGAUUUGUUUUGAUUUGGUCUGAUUUCAUACAGUUUGUAAUCUAUGUAUUAUAUAAGCAAGAAAAAAUUGUAUUUAGGAACAGACGAAUAUGUUUUGGUCUUCAUGCACAAAAUUCUUUCAUAAAAAAAACUCCUGAAAAUAAAAA